ACAUCGGCGGCAACAGGGGUCGUGGCUGUCGUCCAUCCCUACAUAUAUCUAUCUAUCCGUCCGCUCACACUUACUCCCGCGCCAAGACAACAGUGCAAAGUCCCGGACGGUUUAACUUGUGUUAGGAUUUGAAGUGAGUUCUCCCAUAUUCUCUAUCGAAGUGCGCUUGAAUCUUAUCAAAGAUUUGGAUUUCCUGUAGAGCGGCGCAAUGGCGCCUAUACAACUCUAUGUCGUAUGUCAUCUCUUUGUUGGGUUAGGUGUACUGGCCGUGCACGACUCAGUCACUGUUGGACUCGCUACCCUAGCUAAAUCUAGGCCGCCGGCGCAGCUUGGCAUACCAUGCUACAUCAACCUGACAGGCUCAUCGUCGUACUCAGUUAAGGUGCAUCUCGGCAAUCGGCCACUGACCGGGGAGGAGUACGUCCCUCAUGGCUCUGAAUUGCGUUUUCACUGUCCUAUUCAACGUUUUUACCGCCUCGUCGGCUCCAACAGCGUACGAUGUAAUAAUGGAAAGUUCGACGAGAAAAUACCGCACUGCGAGGCUGUUCUCAUCUCAAACCGCUUGGUCGCGCUAGUUGAUACAGAGUACGUUCUGGGUCCAGGAGGUGAAUACGUUGUAUUUGCUGGCUCUCAAGUUCGAAUGAGUUGUUACCAUGCCCUUAGUCGAAGUUAUCGUCCGUCUUGGCAGUGGGUGGGCAAAGUUGACCACGUCUUCAUCGAAGAGAGGGUAUCGUUUGGCCAAGUAACCGUAAUCGUCAAGUUCGAAGCUAAAAAUGAUACAAAUGCCACGUUUACUUGUUCUGAUACGACGGACGACAUUCACAUCAGAAUCAUCUCAAGACCGCUUCAAUGUCCCCCGAUCGAAAAAUCGAGCGGGCUAGUCGUAUCACAGACAUCAUGGCUUAGGGUGGAUUUUGAAUGCCCGUCGUCAUCGAUACUUCUGGGACCGGAAUCUGCAAACUGCAUGCAGUUCCGCCAGUGGGACGUUUCUGCACCGAUCUGCGCUUAUCAUGGAUGCCACCGGCGUAAACUGCAGGCGGAUGGUACACAAGACGGGGGCCUACUUUUUCCAUGCCAACUACCUGAAUUAUCUGGUGAUAUGAUCGCCCAUGCGAGCUCUAGUCGAGUUCUUUCCUAUGAGGUUCUCCCGCACGGCGCCGACGUUAUGUUCCACUGCCUGGACCUCGGCCGUGUCCAGAGGAUCGGUGCUGGGGAAGCCCGGUGCAUUAACGGCAAUUGGACAUCGCCGCCUCCAGUAUGUGCCGUACCGGAGAGAUCAACUCUUCAAGGAGUUGUAUUGGAUUUCGAUUUCACAUAUCGAUUCGGCCCACUUGGUGUACUUUACGUUGAGCCGAGGUCUGAUGUUGUGAUCAAAUGCAUCAGUCCCAUGAAACUAAUGCCUACACUCAACUACACAGUACUAGACGAACACAAUCCCGUGUUUAUUAUUGAAGCAGAGGCUGAGGACAGCUCAGCAGUCGCCAAGGUGCUUUCUUUUAACACGGGACCUAAGUUCGACGCUGAGUUUAUUUGUACAACGAAUGUAUCGAAUCUUGUGUUCGAAACGCGUUCCGUUAGAAUUAUGACGCGAGAGGCACGAUGCGGUGGUUUUGAGGCUCGUGAAGGCCUACGCUAUAUGGUCGAAGGUGAUCUUGCGGUGUUCGCUUGCGAUCCGCCGGGAAGGCUGCUCGGCCAUUCAAUCCUGCGAUGCCAAAAUGGGGACUGGAAUCACGCGCAACCUAUCUGCGUAUUUCAAGAACGUUGCGAAAAUUGGCAAGAGAUAGAGCCAGUUUCGGAGGAUAAAAAAGGAUCGAUUUCCGAUAAGGGUGAAGGCGAGCAGACGCCAGCGUCCAAGGAGUUUAUGGUGCGGACACGCCAGGUUGUCCAGGAGAAUGCUACAAAUUACAAUCGGCAGUCGUUCGGCCAGAAGCCGCUUGACACCGCUUUACCACCGCUCCGACAACCAUUAGCACAAUACAAACGCCCACUCGCAACUACUUCGACUGCCACUGAUGAUGACGACGAUGAAGACUCAGCAGAGGACGACGAAGAAUUGAAAAAGCUUGCUGAAGAGGCGGACAAAGAAGAUAAUGACAUCGAGAUAGAGGAUUCUGAUGAAGACGAGGUGAAUUCUGGACGUUUUCUGUAUCCUGUUGCGUCGACAACGACGCCUUCUCCGAUCCCGUUGACCUGCCCAAAGGAUUUUGGUCUAUUUCCGCAUCCAUUGGACUGCCGGCAUUUUUUGUACUGUACAGCUGGCUUACCAAAAGUAAUGCGUUGCCCCUUGGAGCUUAUCUUCAGUCCGUCGGCGCAGAUUUGUAAGAAUUCGGACGACGCUACUGGAUGUUACGCUGACGAAUGAUCUCAAUCAUUUUCCACAUGUGACGCUUGUAGGAGCGAUUUCAGGGCAGGCGUCCCAAGUAACAGAAUUACAUGUGAUUCAGUUUACCUAUAUUAUUGUCUAAAAAACUAUACUAUUUCGAGAUAUGGCUAGAAACAAUGUGAGAAAAUAGGUUUUUUUUUCGGGUAAGUUCAAAAAAGUGUAUUGAUAUUUAGUAAAUGAACGGUCACAUAGGCGCCGUUAGAAGUGAAAGCCGAUUUUUAACAAAUCACUUACUAGUUGUAAAAUCACAGAUAUAUUAGUAUAUUUAUACGACUGGUAUAUUAUAUUGAUGCACCCGGUUGGAAUGAGAAAACCCAGUGACAGGUUGAGUUUACUGCCACUUGGCGACUUCUGCGGUUGUGACGGAAUCGGGCCUGUAAUUACACAUGAUGACGGCGCCCGACUUUCUAGCCUUUAGCAGUUCUGUUUGACGGCACGAUGACAGUAUCUCAUUGUCUGGCUUAACAGCUUUUCAAAUGAUUUGAUACAAAUGUAUUAAACGUCUGAAUAAUUUAUUAUUAUGACUUUUUUUUGUAGGAGAAAUGUGCGAAGCGUAGAAUAAAUGGUAAUGACUUUGAGCUGUUGGCCGUGUCUCAUUCAAUAUACUGCUGCUAGGACAUCCCUUAAUAACUCUGACUUCGUUCUAUCCAAGGCUAUAUAUCGUAAUAUUGGCAUUACUCGAUGCCAACUCUCGACUUUAACCAGUGAUGUGAUUCCCUGUAACAUCAUUUCAAUAAGCACAGGUUCAAGUCUUCAAUAAACAUUUUGCCGAUCACUAACGGUGUGCAAAGAAACAUUAGAUCUUAUCCUGUUGCCGAUUGGCUGUCGAAAAAACAAUGGUUUCAUGUCCUUUUUAUAUGGCCGAAACAGGACAACAAAGUGCGUAUCACAUUUGAUUACAAUGUGAGCUAACCUACAUCGGUGGCCCGGCGGAAUUGGAACAAUGAAAAAUGACCAGUCAUAAUCCGACCCCAGGAGAGCUAAGCAUGAACCAGCUGAAGAUCUCCUCCGCGUCUGCAACAGCCUUUUAAGAAGUUUUGUUCGGCUUAGUUAAUAUAUAGCUAUAUAUGAUUAUAUUACCGCGGAGAGGAGAUACGCGUUCGCUACUUUCAAUUCGCUGUAAGGAAAUAGUGUCUGCACAAUAUCCACACAAAACCCAAUAUGAUGCUUCACAAAGUGCCCCCUCUCAACUGAAAACUGCUGACAACAGGGAGAGAAUCAACGACUCACAAAAACAUGCCAACAAAUAAAACUACAAGGAGUAGGGAACACACACACAUAUAUAUAUAUAUACAUACAUAUAUAUAUACAUACAAAUAAUAAUACGUAAUAACAAAAUAAUAUGAAAGAAAAAAUAAAGUGCAAAAACCUCAAGAUAAUGAUAAUGCGAGGAUCACUCUAACCCUCUGGCCGGCAUACAAGCUACCAAAGACGCUGUGAUGACUGUCAAACAAAAAGACGACUACUAAACUUCUACUUAUUUAUCACACAUAUUUACAUAUAUUUCGUAAAUUAGAAUAUUAUUACUUGAAAUAAUAACAAUAAUAAUAAUACGGAAGGAUAUAAUUAUUGGUAUGUGUCGUACGUUAAACUCGUUCGGGGCAAAUUAUAUUCAA